CUGUAAGUUACUGCUUGACCAAUCCCUCAAAGUCACCAUGAGCAGCAAGCCACAGAUCUCCGCGGUCGAGCUUUACGUACUGGGCCGCAGAUAAGGCAUGCUUCGAUAUUGAGGGCCUGUGACUCGUCGGGCCCGGCUCCGGUCGACACCUGCCCCUCAGUCUACAUAAAGCGGGGUGGUUUUCCCCGUUUCCUUGUGCUCUGCUCGUCUUUUUGGUCAGUUAGAGCACGACAAAACUCAGACAUGGCGACGGAACAGGUCCUGCCGGUGACUCAUGAGCGUAACAUCGAGGCCCAGAGUGCCUUUGCCUCCACGCUGGUGGCCGAUGUCGAGAAAGCGCCGCACCCCAAGGAGUCUCCUUCGGAUCGACCGCACACCAAUGUCUACGGAUCGACGAUCGACACCCCGACUUCCCAGGCGGGAACGGACGCGGUCUAUGCGGCCAAGGCGGCGCUCUUGAACCAGGCCUUGCUGGACAUGGGCAUGGGUCUGUACCAGUGGUUACUUUUUGUGAUCACCAGUGUCGGAUGGUUCCUGGACAGUUUCUGGCUGAUGUCGUUCUUCAUCAUCGCCCCGUCCGCUGCCAACGAGGCGCAAUUCUUCUACUCGUACAACAAAGAGGCUUACCUGUUCAUCAGCUUGUUUGUUGGGAUCACCACCGGUGCGACGGCCUGGCCUUGGAUGUCCGACUUCCUCGGCCGCAAGUGGAUCUUUACCAGCACUGUCGUCCUCAUGGGCAUGGGAGGGCUUGUGGGAGCUGGAAUGCCCGCCUUUACGGGUCUUUGUGUGGUGGGGUUCGUUGUUGGCUUUGCGGUGGCGGGAAACCAAGUCGUGGAUGCGAUGAUCCUGCUGGAGUCAGUUCCUGCCUCGCACCAGUUCUUGGUCACCAUCCAAGGUGCCUUUUGGGGGUUGGGACAGCUUGUGGCGUCAGCGGUUGGCUGCAGCAGCUCCUGCCACCAUGUUAGCAACAAGGGCUGGCGCUACGUGUGGUGGACCUUCGGCUGCAUGACGCUGUUCCUGUACCUCUGCCGCUUCGCCUUCCCGCUCCGCGAGACACCGAAAUACCUGCUCUCGAAACGCCGGGACGCCGAAGCGACCCAGCUGGUCAAGGACAUGGCCACCUAUAACAAGCGGCGCACGUGGCUCGACGAGUCGUCGUUCGCGCGCAUCGACUCGACCGUGGACGCCCGCACGCCCGGGUCGCGCCGGCAAUCGCGCCUCAAAGCCCUGGUGUCGUCCGCCGGCCCUCUCGGCUUUGCGGCACUGUGCCUCCUCUGGUCCGUCACCGGCCUGACCUUCAUCCUCCACAAGACCUACAUCAGCACGUACCUCGCCACCAAGGGCGUGGCCUCCGUCACCGCCACCACCGUGACCACGGAGUAUCUCUACAGCCGGUACCUGUACGUGGCCAUCUGCGCCAUCCCCGGCCCGAUCCUCGCCGGCUUCCUGAUCGAGGCCACGGGUCUCGGACGCAAGCGCACGGGGGCCAGCAUUGCGGUCCUGACGGGUCUGUUCAUGCUCCUGGCGACGGUGUCUCGCUCCCGCGACGCGCUCUUGGCGUUCGAGUGCAUCCUCUCGUUCCUGGGGGCCGCCAACCUGGCCGUGCUCACCACGUACACGGUGGAGCUGUUCGCCGCGCCCUUCCGUGGUUUCGGUCUGGGCGUGAUGGGUUUCCUGGGUGGGCUGUUCGGGCUGAUUGCGUCGGUCGUGACGACGUUCCAGAGCGGUGCUGCCGGCGGCGCGGCGGUGUGGUUCUCCGGUGCGGUCUGGGUGGUGAUGGGUGCGGCUUGGAUGGGGGUGCCUGAGACCAAGGGUCGUGCUGCUGCUUAGGUGGGGAGGGAGUUUAGGGAAGAAGAGUAAAAAUGAUAGGCGUUAGCUCAUGACGAUGGACGAUGGACGAUGGUAUAUGAAGUAUGAAAAUGAAGUACGAAAUGAAGUAUGUGUGAUGUAUCUUACCCUUCCAUAAACGAGCAUCCCUACAAACCACGAUACCAUAUCCCACAC